AAGUAGUUAAUCUAGACCAGGAAGGCAACAAAGUCUGCGAGGCUGUGAAGUGUGAAGGAUAACCCCAAUCCCGCAGGCCCAUCAUCGGCGGCGGUGGGAUGGCGGCGGCGCAGUCUUCCUCCUCCGGUUCGCCGCCUCCGCCCCUCCUCCGCCGCUCGCGCCGCCUCGUCUUCGACCGCCGCUACGGUUGGAUCUUCGACGAGUGGACGGACCCCGCCGACCAAGCCCUCUCCGGCGGCCGCGGAAUGUUCUGCGCGGUGGCGAUGGCGCGGUCGCUGGUGACCGCCGCGGCGUCCUCGAUUAGCUAUGCUUCAUGUUCGGUUGGCAGAGUUCUUCAAUCCCCUAAAAGUCUCUCUCUGCCAGCAUAUAUGCCUAGCCUGGCAUUUAACAAGAAGCAUCAAGCAUGGUUACGUGAACUUGAAAACUCUGGAGUUAUUGCUGAUCUCAAGUUAAUAAACUGCAAUACUCAUUCUGCGUUGGAAUGCAUGACAGCAGAUUGCCUCUGCUUGACUAGGCAGCAUGAUCUUCUGUAAGCAAAGUUUCGAAUGUUAUGUCACACUUCUUAAAAAGUGGAAGUUUCUUCUACAUUCUAUCUACAAGACUGCUACAGACCUUGAUUUGUAGCUUCUUGUUAUGUCCAGAGUCCAGACGUUGUGCCACUCAAUGAUCCCUGACCAUUCAUCCUGAUCAUUCCCAGUCAAUCACCUGCGAUCAUUCAGCUCCAGUGAUCUGAGUCAGCCUCGAGGCAAUUGGCCCUGUUGGGAAUAGAUGUCUACUGAAGCCAGUCGAAGUAAACCAUGUCAAACUCAAAAGUGAAGGCACCCUACUCAGCCGGUUAGCAUCUCAGUUGCCUGCCUACUGUUGUGGAAUGGUAGCUCUCCUAGCAUCAGUCUGAGCUACAUUUUUCUGUAGAUUCAGACUAGGUAUCGACAUAACAUGUCAUUCUUGGUAUGAAGUGUUGACGUGCAGAGGUACUUCCAUAUGGCUGAUAGGACUAUAUAUGAGUGCCCGGUCCAUGUUUGGUUGCGUGUUCAAUACGUGUACUAGCUAGUACAGGCUGAGAUUAGUUGUCUGCCCUAGGAGUACAACUAUAAAAGCAGAUGACAUGUAGUCGGUGGAAAUGAAAUCGGCAGUCAUUAUAAGUCCCGCA